CAGCAAUACGUUUCGUUUGAAUGGCGCACACGCAACCAUUUGUAUACAUUUGAGGUAACGAUCAAAACUUUUGCCGAGUCUCAUCAAUUAAAACCGCAAAUUUUGGGAUGUGAAAACGUAUUGGGAUUGAUUCAACAAUGUCGAAUAAUUCGGAGGUGAUAUUAACCUUCGAUAAUAUAGAAAUCACCGAAGAUGAUCUGAAUUGUUUACGAGCACACCGAUAUCUCAACGAUAAAAUCAUCAACUUCUAUCUCAAGUACAUGUACCGUAUGAUGUUGACGCCAGAACAACAGCGCAGAGUGCACAUAUUCGAUAGUUUCUUCUCCGAAGCACUGGAUCAAAUGGACGAAGCACGCACUGUUCGAUGGCUGCGACGCGUCAACAUCUUUGAAAAGGACUUUCUGCUGGUUCCAGUCAAUAUAGAUGAACAUUGGUUUCUCAUGAUCAUUUGCUAUCCGAUGAAUGUUGGCGGCAAACAUGGUGAAUCUGCAAUGCGCAGACGAUCUCGAAUACUCACCUUGGACUCAAUGCCACUUCAUGCUCACGACAAAAAACCGCAAAUGUUACGGUAUCUACGGAAUUUCAUUCGAUGUGCUUGCGUUGUCCAAAGACACAUGUCAGAGGAGGAAAUUGGCAAUCUAACAACUCGUUUGCAAAACGUUGACGUCGAUGUCAAAGAACAGGUGAACAAUUUCGAUUGUGGCAUCCAUUUGCUUGCAAAUGCGGAAAAGUUCUUGACCGAUACAUUUGAAAUUCGUGAAAUCAUCGACCCAGAAGUGGAAUUUCGCUUGAAUGGCGCCCGUCUCAAACGGAAUGCCCUUCGAAAACUCAUCAGAAAAUUGGCCGAGGCAACGGAAAUUGAAAAAUCUGCGAUCAAUUCUAGAAGUCAUUAGUUAGCCCAAUUCGGAUAAGACGAAAAAGAUAAACUUAAUUUUCUUGUUCUAGAAAAAUCGUUAAAUGUAGUUUAUUUAUACUUAAAAAAAAUACACCAAAAUUUGUGUGGUAUCAUUCGAUUAGAACGCCAAUUUUUUCAUUAAAAGAUAAAUGUGUUGAUCAACUUCAAAA